AUGUCAGGAAACAACAUCAAAGUUGUAUGUCGAUUCAGACCCCAGAACUCGCUUGAAAAUAGAGAAGGUGGUACUCCCAUCAUCCAUAUAGAUGACGCUGGCGAGAAUGUUGCGCUCAAGGGAAAUGACUAUAACGGUGGAUUCGCCUUUGACAAGAUCUUUGGCAUGGAUACCAAGCAAAAAGACGUCUUUGACUAUUCUAUUCGGUCUAUCGUUGAUGACGUCGUUGCCGGAUAUAACGGAACUGUCUUUGCUUAUGGUCAAACAGGUUCAGGAAAGACCUUUACAAUGAUGGGCGCAGAUAUUGAUGAUGAAAACACAAAGGGUAUCAUCCCUCGUAUCAUCGAACAAAUCUUCCAGUCCAUCAUGAUCUCGCCUGCCAACAUGGAAUUCACCGUCAAGGUCUCGUACAUGGAAAUUUACAUGGAGAAAGUCCGUGAUCUUUUGAAUCCCUCUCAAGAUAACUUACCCAUUCACGAAGACAAAUCAAAAGGUGUCUAUGUGAAGGGCCUAUUGGAAGUUUAUGUCAGCUCCACUGAGGAAGUCUAUGAGGUGAUGCGACGAGGAAGUGAAAAUCGUGUCGUUGCUUCUACCAACAUGAACGCAGAAAGUUCUCGCAGUCACUCGAUCGUCAUGAUUGCCAUCACACAAAAGAACCUUGAUACAGGUGCAGCAAAGAGCGGUAAACUGUAUCUUGUAGAUCUCGCGGGUUCAGAAAAAGUAGGAAAAACUGGUGCAUCCGGCCAAACUCUUGAGGAAGCCAAAAAAAUCAACAAAUCAUUGACUGCCUUGGGUAUGGUCAUCAACAGUUUGACAGAUGGCAAGUCAAGUCACGUUCCGUAUCGUGAUUCGAAACUUACACGUAUCUUGCAAGAAUCGCUUGGCGGUAACUCCAGAACCACUUUAAUCAUCAAUUGUUCUCCUUCGUCUUAUAAUGAAGCCGAAACCUUGAGUACUUUGCGCUUCGGUAUGAGAGCCAAGACUAUCAAGAACAAGGCUAAGGUUAAUGCAGAUCUUUCACCUGCCGAACUCAAAGCUUUGUUGAAGAGAGUUAAGUCUGAAGCAGUCACCUUCCAAACCUAUAUUGCCGCUCUGGAAGGUGAAGUUAGCGUUUGGCGUACAGGCGGAACAGUACCAGAGGACAAAUGGGUAUCCAUUGACAAGAUCAAGAAUGGUGACUUUAGCGCUUUACCUCCCGCAUCUGGCUUCAAAAGCCCUAUACCAGAAGAUACUUCACGACCAGCAACUCCGGCAACUGUGCUUGAAAAGGAUGAACGUGAAGAGUUCUUGAAACGCGAGAAUGAGCUCAUGGAUCAGAUUGCUGAAAAGGAAACUGAGCUUGCCACUCGUGAAAAGCUUCUUGAGUCGAUGAAGGAAGAACUUGGCAUGUUCAAGGAUCAAGAGCAAACUAUGAUCAAGGAAAAUCAACAAAUGACAUCAGAACUUAGUGAACUGAAGUUACAACUGCAGAAGGUGUCCUAUGAAAGCAAAGAGAACGCCAUCACCACCGAUUCUUUGAAAGAGACCAACCAAGAACUUGCUGCAGAAUUGGAAGAAUUGAAAAAGAACUUGGCAGAAAUGAGACUUUCUCACAAGAGCAACGCUGACAGUGAGAAGGAAAAGAAAAAAGCUGAGAAAAUGGCCCAUAUUUUCUCUGGAUUCGACGCUUCAGGUGAAAUUACAGAGAAGGAGCGCCACAUCCGAAAUGCGUUGCACAGAUUGGAUGGUGACAACGGUUCAACACUCUCAAUCGAAGAAUUGGCAUCUGUUCGACGAGAACUUGCUGAAUCCAAGUCUUUGCUUGAGCAGCAUACUAAGACCAUCGAUGAUUUGAGCAGCGAAAAAUCGACAUUAGAAGCAAAGAAGACUGACUUGGAGAUUAGACUGAAUACUCUUGAAGUAGAAUAUGAAGAGUUGCUAGACAAGACCAUUGCUGAAGAAGAAACGGCAGAGGAUAAAACUGUAGACAUCGCAGAAACCGUCUCCAACCUCAAGGUCAAACUUGAGUCUCAAUAUGCUUCUAAAAAGGAGCUACAAGAAAAAGAAGUGGAACAGCUCAAGCAAGAAGUUGAAAGAAAGAACAACGACUUUGAGAAGCUUAGCAGUGCUAUGGCUGACCUUAAGGCAGCCAACGAUGAACUUCAGAACGCUUUGUCUGCUCAACCUCGCCAAGGAUCCUCUGACCUGACUGAGAAGGAAAAGGACAUGGAGAGAAUGCGCAAGUCCAUGGCCCAACAAUUGGCAGACUUCGAAGUCAUGAAGAAGGCCUUGAUGCGUGAUCUUCAAAACCGAUGCGAAAAGGUAGUCGAACUCGAAAUUUCGCUGGAUGAAACUAGAGAACAAUACAACAAUGUAUUGCGUGCAAGCAACAACAAAGCCCAGCAGAAGAAGAUGGCUUUCUUGGAACGAAAUCUUGAGCAGCUUACCAACGUUCAAAAGCAGUUGGUGGAGCAAAACUCAUCACUCAAGAAGGAAGUUGCUAUUGCUGAGCGCAAGUUGACCGCACGAAACGAGCGAAUCCAGAGUCUAGAGUCAUUGCUACAAGACGCACAAGAAAAGUUGAUCAGCCAAAAUCAAAAGUUUGAAGCUCAACUUCAAGCGGUUCGAGAACGCUUAGAACAAGCUAGAUCUUCCAAGUCACAAAAUUCCAUGGCCGCUCUUAGCUUUGGUCGCAUCGCCAAGCCAUUGAGAGGUGGAGCAACGGUCACUGACAGCGGGUAA